AUGGCCGACCGCCCACCCACCCCCCCGCCGCCCGAGAAGGCCGCCGCCAACCCCGUCGAGCCCGUCCCCGCCUUUGCUCCACCCCCGCCCGAGUCCCCCCAGAGCAUCACGACCCGCCGCCUGGUCAUCCUGUCUUUCUGGGCUGUCGCUCUCCUGCUUGGCCUGCCGCUAUGGUUCAAGACCACCACCAUCUACCGCGCCAGUCUGCCUCUGCAGCAGAUGCUCGACUGGGCUGACGGAAAGACCUGCCGCCCCGUCUUCCCGCUGCGCAUUGCCAUUGACGCCCCCAUCCUGCCCGAGCAAGACGCACACCACCUUCUGCGCACUACCCAGCACGCUCUCGACGACCUCAAUGACUUUUCCGCCCAUCAUCUCCGUCUUGUCCUCGCCGACCCUCCCGGCCAGCAGCAAGAUGCCCAGCCCGCAAGCCCCAGCGACACCGAUAUUGCAUUGACCUUGAACCUGAUCCCCUCCCCGAACGGCCCCACGCCGAGAGCCGAGCUGCGUUCCUACGAGCCUAUCCUAGACGUCUACUACACCCAGAACCAGAUUCCCUCGCCUUCCUCGACCUCGUCUCCGCUGGCCACCUUUCUCGCCAAUGAGCUACAAUCCAUAUUCUCCGAAGAGCAGGCUGCCUUGGCAUACCUGCUGUCCGGCACCGGCAUGGGCAACAUGGCCAGGAUGAAGACGCUGAGCUCCGACAUGACUGCUGCGCUGGAGAGGCAGAAGACGCGCUCCUUCAAAUACGCCCCGACCUACCAUCUGACCUUUUCUCUCUUCACCCCCGGCUCUGCUCCCUCGGACUGGGAGAUCGAGGCUGCACUCAACGAGUACAUUGCUCCCUUGCUGCACUCGCUGUCGUCCAUCAGCAAUUUCACCAUUGAUACCCAGGUCCAGCUCUAUGCAACCUUUGCCCGUUCGAUCCGUGAGCCUGAGUUUGACCCCGAGACGAACGCAUGGACACUGCACAAGGAGGACCUUACCGGCUUCAUAAACGCUGCCGAAUGGCCUCUUAGCCCGUCCAUCGGUACCGGUCCUACCGUCAACUUCGUCCUCUACGUCCCGGCGGAAAACCAGAGUCCAAUGGUGGUGAAAGAGAACGGCGGAAGCAGCUGGCUCGUGCCGCAAUGGGGCGGUGUGUUGAUUCUGAAUCCUGCCAAAGCCUCAGCCAAGACGACAUCCAAUCCGGCUUCCCUGGACAAGGAAGCUCUGCGCCCCGCCAUGCUCACCUUCUCCAACCAGCUUCUCUCUCUGCUGGGUGUGCCCCAGUCACCCGACUCGUUGCCCUUGCGCAUCACCACGCUCACCCGCAUCCGUGCAGCAUCGCUCCUUUUCUCUGCUUCAUCUACGCUAGGAUCGCUAGCGCGGCUGAGUCUAGCCUUGCCAUCCAUUGCCAUACCUGACAACGUGGCCAUCUCAGUUGAGCAGACGAUCGCUCACCUGCAUGCCGCAUGUGACGAGCUUCGCGAGGGCAAAUUCGGCAGCGCUUUGAAGCAUGCACGUGUCGCAGAGGCCGGGGCCGAGAAGGCCUUCUUUGAAAGAUCCAUGGUUGGGCAAGUUUACUUCCCCGACGAACACAAAGUCGCUGUCUACCUUCCUCUGCUCGGCCCAGUUGCCGUCCCCUUGAUCAUGACCGCUCUGAAAGAGCUCAAAAACUUAUCGGCCAGACGGAAAGGCGGCAGCUCUUGA